CCCUGAGAACUGCCUGAACGAAAAAGAAUAAAUAAUCUUAAGAGCUAGUACAUAACACACCAGUCUCAGUUUCAAUUGAGUCGUGUCAACUUUGGUGAAGCGACGUUUCUUAAAGUUAGAUUUACCAUCUUUCAAACGUGAUAUUCUGCUGGCGUUAUUUGAAGGCACAUACGUGGCUAGUUGCUCAGGCUUCCGCUUCGCACUUCUGCCAUAUUGUUGCCACCUAGGAGUUUUUUGCCAACAGACGCACGGACGGAGUCCUGCAAAGCCCUCACAAUGAUCCAUAGUUUAUUUCUGGUCAACUCCGCUGGUGACAUUUUCCUGGAGAAGCACUGGAAAAGCGUCAUCAGCCGCUCGGUCUGUGACUACUUUUUCGAGGCUCAGGCGAAAGCCGGGGAUGCCGAGAAUGUGCCGCCCGUCAUCCGCACCCCGCACCACUACCUGAUUAACAUCUACCGGGAGAAAAUCUUCUUCGUGUCUGUUAUCCAGACGGAAGUCCCCCCCCUCUUCGUCAUAGAGUUUCUACAUCGAGUGGCCGAGACAUUUCAGGAUUAUUUUGGAGAAUGUUCUGAAUCGGUUGUUAAGGACAAUGUGGUGAUCGUGUAUGAGCUUUUGGAGGAGAUGCUGGAUAAUGGCUUCCCACUGGCAACCGAGUCCAACAUUCUCAAAGAGCUCAUUAAACCACCAACAAUCCUACGCUCCAUGGUCAACACCAUCACAGGUAGCAGUAAUGUGGGUGAGAUGCUGCCGAGCGGCCAGCUGUCCACCAUCCCGUGGAGACGAGCAGGAGUCAAAUACACCAACAACGAGGCCUACUUCGACGUCAUCGAGGAGAUCGACGCCAUCAUCGACAAGUCUGGGGCGACGGUGUGUGCGGAGAUCCAGGGUGUGAUUGACGCGUGUGUGAAACUGACCGGCAUGCCGGACCUCACCCUGUCAUUCAUGAACCCCCGUCUCCUUGACGACGUGAGCUUCCACCCGUGUGUACGGUUCAAGCGCUGGGAGUCGGAGAGGGUGCUGUCCUUUAUCCCACCCGACGGCAACUUCCGCCUCAUGUCCUAUCACGUCAGUGCACAGAACCUUGUGGCCAUCCCGAUCUACGUGAAGCAGAACAUCAGCUUCUUCGAGAGUGGCUCGUCGGGACGACUGGACAUCACGGUGGGGCCCAAGCAGACGAUGGGCAAGCCGGUGGAAGGGCUGGUGGUCACCGUGCACAUGCCCAGAGCGGUGCUGAGCGUCAACCUGACUGCCACGCAGGGAACGCAGAAGUACGACCCCGUCACCAAGGUGCUGGUGUGGGACAUUGGGAAGCUGAACCAGCAGAAGCUGCCCAACCUGAAGGGCGGCCUGAGUCUGCAGUCAGGAGCCCCCAAACCAGAGGAGAACCCCAGCCUCAACAUCGACCUCAAGAUACAGCAGCUUGCCAUCUCGGGUCUGAAGGUGAACAGGCUGGACAUGUAUGGGGAGAAGUACAAGCCCUUCAAAGGCGUCAAGUACAUCACCAAAGCAGGCAAGUUUCAGGUGCGCACCUGAGGCAGGUGUCUAGAGAGAUGUAAACUCCCCAACAACAACAACAACAAAUACGCCGUGCCAAACACACACCUUUUAGUUCCAUUGUUAUCCUCAACACAUCUCUAACUAUGUUCUUAAGCCUUAUUAUGCAUAUUUUGUUUACACUAGUUCAAACACAGCAAGUGAAUUUUCACCAUGCCUGAAAGGAGAAGACAUCUGGGGACUUUUAAAUUUGGUUUGAAAGGGACGGGCCUUAAAGGGACGGGCUCAUUGUAUGAACAUGUAUUUGUCCUCACUGUGAAAAUGAGGAUUGCACCUAUUUUUUUUUCUAGAAUGAGGUGGUCUAGAUUAGAUGAAGUAAUUCAAUAUGGCACCAGUCCAUUCCAUACACCAGUAUUGCUUCCUGCUGUCCCAUCCAAAGCAUUGUCUGAAGAACCCGUUUAUUCAGUGUGUGUGUGUGUGUGUGCAUGCGUGUACAUAUGUGAUCUUUGAAACCUUGGAUCUGAAAUAACGUGUGUGUGUGUGUGUGUGUGUGUGUGUGUUUCAAAUCACCCCCGCUACUCUAACACCCCCAUCAUUCAGGAGCACAGGAAUAGCACCCCAACCCCAACACAGGAGUAAGAAAACGUUAAACUGAAAGCAUUGUCUGCACAAGUUACAUAAGGUGUGUGUGUGCGUAUGUGUGUGUGUGCGUGUGUGUGUAGCCCCAAUCCCUGGCAGCAGACCACAGAGAGGUGGGCUGUGUCGUGCUUAGCCAUUUGUUGCCUUGGUAACCAAACGGUUGCAGCAGAUAUCCUAGUGACCGUAGCCGGACGUUGCUCUGCCCCCUAGUGGCAUGGCCCCAGCAUCUACACUCAGCACUCAGCAAGCACUCCCAAAUGAACUCUCUCUCAGAAUGGUUCUUCUCCCAAAGGAACUCUCUCUCAGAAUGGUUCUUCUCUCUGGAUGGUUCCUCCCAAACCGUUCCUGUCAGAAAAAGUGAUCUUUGCUCCUUUCCAAAAAGCCUGUCUGAGUGGUGGUUUUGGGAGCGUCUGCUGCAGGUCAGAUAGCGGCCAAAUCAGGACAAGAGGCUCUUCCCUUCAGUAGGAGCAGCCCUGGAUGUACACAGAAACCAAACACUCAGCUGCCUGUUUGCACAAACACUAGAGACAUAAUUCCCUUUACUGCAGCGUGACCAAGUCGAUGAGUGUGUGUGAGUGAAUUUGUGUGUGUGUAAAGGGAACAACUUGUGUUAAAAAAAAGACAUAUUUAAAAAAACCGAAAGCCUUCUCAUUGCUGAGAAAUGUUAAAUAAAACGGUAUUAUUGAG